UUUGAACCAUCGUACCGGCGAGAUGAAAUCUUAGCAAUAAAGUAAAACAUGUUGGAAGACCACAUAAACGAAUCUUCCACAUCUACUUGUGCGUAUGUUGCCCAGAAGUUAGCAAAAUAUCUUCGAUGGUUUCUAGGAAGACGGGUUGGAGUUAAAUAUUUACUUAUGUAAUCCACCCAUCCUGCCCCGAUAACAUCACGGCCUCCGAGCUCCAGCUUCACGUCCAUCUCACGCAGCGCAUAUAACAUAACAGCUUGAGCGGCGCCGUGUUCAGUUCCACCAUCCCAUCAAAUAGUCCCACUGUAAUCUUCUGCCCCUCCUGGGCCCCUGUCCUGCUACUCGUCCGUGCUCCGAUUCCUCCGUCAACGCCGUACUUCCCACCUACCUCCCAACUCCGCCCACAGCUGCUGAACCUCUGCAGUUGUAAAUAUAUGAAGAUCCGAUAGUUAUUUACUGCACACUCACAUGCAAAGCAUGGCGAACGGUUGGAGCAUAAUUAUCGGACUCGUCUUUGUGGUCAUCGCGAACCUGCUGGCUUGGGUAUUCAGUCCGAAGGGAGAGGAUAGAACGGUAUGGCGCAGCUCGUUAAUACUCGCAUUUACAGCCUGCUAUCUAAUGUGGGCAAUAACGUUCCUCGCACAAUUACAUCCAUUAAUCGCGCCGAAGAGAAGUGACAUGCGGCCUGAUAGGAUACCGCACUGAGGGAGGGAGGGAAAAGAAUGCAGAUUGUAGUGACUGUGGAUUCCUUGUUGAUUAUUUUAUACCUUUUUGCUGUCGAGAUUCGCUGGGUUUUUACUAUGUGAAUCUAUUCCUUAGCUUUAUUUUUAUUUUAUUUUUCCGGCUGGUUAUCCGAGGCCCUUUUCAUUGUUUGGUUAUUGGCGUGCAUUGUAUAUUACUGCAUGCCCGAGACGAAUGAUUAAUUUCGUAUCAGAGGAUCGGAAUGCUAAAGAUAAACCGUGUUUAUCGUUUGAAAUAAUGCAAACAUUAAGUAUUUGCCUAAAGACGAGGCCUGGAUGCAUUCGCUAAGAAGAGUAGGUAACUACAGAAGUAAAUAGUAGCGAAAAGAUAGUUGUCCAUCAAAGACGGAUAACAAACAGAGAAAAAAGCCAAAUCCUAAACUCCCAGUGCUAAUCCCAACUAUACAUAUAACCAACCACCCG